AGCAGGCUGCCCGACGGCCCGAGCGGCCGGGCGCGCUUCGGGAGCCCUGGAAAGCGCGCCAUGGCGCGGAGCGGCGACCGCGGGCCCGCGGAGGACGCACAGGUGGUGGGCUGGCCCGCCGCGGGGGAGGGCGCCAAGAGCCGCUGCGGCCGGCCGCCGCUGGGGGCCCAUGCGCUCAGCCUGGGGGCCGUGGCGGAGGAGCUGGCGGAGGUCAGGGCCGCUCUGCGCUCGGGGGCGGACUUCCUGGGCAUGUCCGGAGGGUUGCUGCGUGAGUACGCGGCGGAGCUCGCCAAGAAGGAGGAGCUGCUCAGGCUGGCCGCGCGCCGCGCUCUGCCGGGCGGCGCCGGCCGCCCGCGGCACCCCGGCUGCGCCGCGGCGCCCGCCGGCGGCGCGCGGCGCGCGGCGUCCCUGCCGCUGCGCCAUCGCGGCGGCAGGCAGGGCCGCCUGCAGUCGGACCGAGCUCAGCACCUCAAGAGCAUGCAUUUCGUGAAGCAGGCCAAGUUUGCAUGGGCAAGGGUACUGUCGCAGCAUGGCCGCGAUGAAGCGCAGCGCAUGGUGAGCGAAUCUCAUGCUAUAUCUCGGACGGUGCUUCGGCUUGCACGGGUUCGUCUGGGUAUUGCGCGCAUGGCAUUGUUCGGAUUGUAUAUUGCCAAGGAGCUGCACUGCUCCAGCAUAUACUUGCUCACGGGUGGCAGCCCGCAGUGGCGUGGUGCUGGGAUGGUGGCUAGCACCAUGGACCUCAUCAGUUGUGACGGCGAGAGGUGGACAUGCCUGAGGGUGCUACUCCCUGCAGUCCGCAUCGGGGGUCGCCAGCCCGACCUGAUCGGAAAGACGCUCGCGAUUUUGUGGAAGAUCAUGCUCAUCCGCAUGAGAGAGUACCUGGGUCAUCGACCUGGCGACGAUUCGCACGAAGCCGGCGAGGCAUUUGACAAGUCUGGUGACCCUCGCGGCGGAGACCCUGGAAAUGCGGCCAGCGCGGCGCACGGUGAAGCCCACGCAGGGGACAAUCAGUUCCGAGGAUUGACAGAGUCGCGGGAGCUAACGGUGGAGAUCCUCGGAGGCGCGCUGCGGCAGCGCGACUACUUCUCAGCCGACGGCGACGGGCGCAUCGAUGUGCUUGCGGUGGCAGCGGUCUCAGCGCACCCCAGCACCUUCGCGAUUUUCGGCGGCGACGUGGCCGAGCGCAGCCAGAUCAACGGGCGGCGGGCGCGCGCCCCGCGGGUCGACGGCUGCAUCGGCCCACGCGACAAGAAGGCCCCCCUGUCCGACCCGAAGAUACCCGUGCUCCUCUUGAUUGGCGCCCUCGUGGCGCUUCUGGAGCGACCAGUCACAGGCGCGCUACAAAUGGCUGCUGCGGGCUGGAGGGCCCACCCCAGAGCAGGCAAAUGCGCGAGAGUGCAACGCGAGUUCGAGGCAUCUGGCGACGAUUACAUCGCCGACGCAACGCUGAUGGCGGCGCCGUCAGAGCCUGUCCCAGAAGGCGCGCCCGCGGCCAUCGCCGGCAUUGGCGGCGACGAUGGCGACGGGGAGCCGCCUGCAGAUCCACCGCCGCCGAUCGCUGCUGAGGCUCCUCCUGAGGUUCACGCAAAUGGGGGCCACGGAGGCCACGCGGUGCCCGCUCGGGCACCCAUCUCGCUGGAGGCCCACUGGCGCGGUGGCCGCGGCCUUCGGGCGCAGUGCCCGACCCGCCACGGCUGCAACAAGCGCAAGUCGUCGGCCAUGGGCGCGGCGGAGUUCGGGCCAGCGGCGGCCAAGCACUACCUGUCGACGUGGCUGGCUGCAGCACCGACGAUGGGGGCCGCCGAGCACCGCGCGUGGAAGCCCAGCCAGGAUUUGGCGGCGGUGCUGCGGGCCAUGGAGGCCCACCCACACGACGAGCGCGCGCAGCGCGCUGGAGUGCACGCGGUGGGGCGCCUCGCGCGCGACGUGCAACAGCUGCGGCCGCAGUGCCUGGCGGCGGUGGCGCUCGUGGGGCGCGCCGCCGCGCGCUUCCCAGACAGCCUGGCGCUGCAGAGGCUGGCGGUCGCCGCGCUGGGCAGCAUCUCCUACGUGCCGGGCGUGGCCUCGCUGAUUGCACACGAGGCCCUGCCAGCGAUAUUUGCCGCCAUGGUCGGGCAGAGUAGUGACAGCAAGCUGCAGGGCCUGGGGUGCGAGGCCCUGGCCCGCCUGGCGCAGGUCGGCGAUCAGCAGGUCGUGCAGGACUGCAUCCAGAUAUUGCUGGGCCACCCAGACCGCCGGGCUGUGGAAGUGUGCUGCGUGGCCUUGAGGCGGCUGUGCGACAGCGGCAUCUGCCAGGCGGGGCACGUCUUGGAUGCGCUGGCGCAGCUCUCGGAGAGCCAGCCAGAAAACUUGGAGGCGCAGCACCGCGCAGGCCUGGCGAUAGGCCAGUUGGUGGAGAACGGCUCAAUCGGCCACGACUUGGCCCACACCCGCGCGCCGGCCCUGGUUUGCAGGGAGUGGGCCAGCUUGCUCACCAGGUUCGUUGGGGCAGACGCGGAGGAGGCGGAGCUGAACGGCGCCUACCAUGCAAAGGUGCAGUCAAUGUUCCACGAGGAGGUGGCGCGACGCUUCGAGUACGAGGCUACCGAGAGGCUGCUGCACCUGUCCAGGGGGAACGCCUCCGGCGCCGCGUGCCUGCGGGAGGUCGUCCGCUGCCUCGUGGAGAACCUCGAGGACUACAAGGUGCGGCUCGAGGCGAGGGACCUGGCCUGGGACGGCGCGGCGCAGCGCCUCGUGCCGCUCGACGCGCCGCUGCGCGGGCGCCUCUGCGCCGACGUCGCGGACGUUCUGGAGGCCGGGCUGCUCAGCAGCCUCAAGGCGGCCGCCGCCUUGGGCAACGCGCCCCACGACGACCACAAGCUGAUGAGGCGCCGCAGCUUCCUGCGCCGCGAGUGCGACUCGCUGCUGGACAAGAAGACGGAGGUCACCCAGGCGCUCCAGGAGCGCAUGGUGGAGCUCAGCCGGGAGGUGAUGCUGUGCGAGGGCCUGGAGUAUCUCGAGAUGAGAGCUUCGCGGGCGAGGCCGUCGCAGCUCCACACGUUCCGCCACAUGCUUGAGGUCGCCGAGCCCGUGGUCCCCCCGCAGCUCCUGGCGCAGCUGCGAGAACGCCUGGACCGCCUGCUGGCCAGCGUGACCGAGCAUCCUCGUCAUCGUCCCAAGAUCUUCGGGGUGUAA